AUGCAAAAAAUUAAUGAAAUUAUGAACUCAUUGGGAGAAAAUAAAAAGUAUGUAGAAUAUUUAAUAAGAACCCAGCAAUAUGAAUUAUUAAGUCAUGAAGGGUUAAAUGAGAAAAAUAUUUAUGACAUAAUAAAUCAAAUAAAAGAAUUUGAAUUAAUAUAUCCUGAUGGUUUUAUUAAAUAUAUUGAAAAAGGAAAAGAAUUUUUAAAAAGAUCUCAAAUGAAUAUAAAUGAAUAUUAUAAUUAUAGUAUUGACAAACCAAAUAAUUUAAUAAAAAUAAAGUUUCAUCUUACUACUGAUAUUAUAUUAAAAAAAGAGGAUAUAAAAAAUAAUUUUCUUAAUGUAGAUAAUAAAUGGUUAUAUAAUAAUAAAAAUAAAAAUAUAAAUAAAAAUACUUCAUAUGAUUCUUAUCAUCCUUAUGAUAAUAGAACUAUAUUAAAUAACCAUCAUUGUGUUUCAUCCAAUGAUAAAAUGUUCGACAUAUAUAUUAAUAAACAUUAUCCUACAUAUGUUAAUGGCAUUAGACACAUUAAUGAUGAUCAAUAUAUUAAGAAAGAAUAUUAUAAUCAAGAUAAAAAAAUAAAAUAUGUAGAAGAAGAAAAUGUGUGCGAUAAUAAUUGUAGUUUCAUAAAUAUUAAUAAUAAUCAUAUAGGGUUAUAUGAAGAAUCAAACAUUUUGACAUUAGAAAAAUUUCUUUAUUAUGAAAAAAUAGGUUUAGAUCAUAUAGACAAAAUAUCAUUUAUUUUAUUAGCUGGAGGAUUAGGAGAACGUUUAAAACAUAAAGAUAUAAAAAUAAAACUAUUUACAAAUCUUAUAUCUGAACAGACUUAUAUUGAAUAUUAUUGUAAUCAUAUAAAAUGUUUUGAAAGAUAUAUAAAGAAUGAAAAAAAGAAAAAAAUGAAUAUUCCUUUUAUUAUCAUGUUAUCUGAUGAUACCUAUGAAAAAACUUUAUCCUUUUUUGAAGAAAAGAAUUAUUUUGGGUUAGAAAAAAAUCAAGUACAUUUUCUAAAACAGAAUAAAGUAUUUUGUUUUAAAGAUAAUCAAGGACAUUUAGAUUUUACAUAUAAAAAAAAUACAUUCAUCAUUUCAAAAAAACCACAUGGACAUGGAGAUAUACAUUAUUUAAUAAAUAAAUAUAAUAUAUUAGAUAAGUUAAUAAAGGAUGGAUAUAAAUAUUUAUUCUUCUUCCAAGAUACAAAUGCAUUAGCAUUAAAAGUUUUAUUUGUUUGUUUAGGUGUAUCUAUCCAAAAAGAAUUACAUAUGAAUUUCUUAGCUGUAUCUAGAAAACCUGGAGAAGAAAUAGGAACUCUAUGUACUUUGAAUAAUCAAGAAAAAUCGAUGACAAUCAAUUUAGAGUAUAAUAUAUUCGAUUCUUUAUUAUCAUCUAAUGGUAUCAAGGAAAAUAUACAGGAGGAUGGAUUUUCAUUAUAUCCUGGUAAUACAAGUGCUAUCUUAUAUGAAAUAAAUAAAUAUAAUGAUAUAUUAAAAAAAACAAAUGGAUGCAUACCAGAAUAUAUUAACCCAAAGUAUAUGGAUGAUACACGUGACCAUUUUAAAACUCCGACUAGGAUAGAAAGUAUGAUGCAAGAUAUAGCAUUGUAUUUUUAUGAACAUAAAAGGAAUAAAGAAACACAGGAAUGGACCCUAAUAGGUGACAAAAGGGAGGAAGUAAUAGGAAAAAAAGAAUCUAUGACAAUAUCAGAUAGUACUACCAUAAAUAAUAAUAUAUAUGAUAAUAAAAAGAACAAUAAUAUGGUUGAUAUAAAUCUAUAUAAUAUUACAAAUGUGGGAGUUACUGAAUUAGAUAGAUGGUUAUGUUUUUCUCCUGUUAAAAAUAAUUCAAUAAAUGCAUAUAAAAAGAUUUUAAAUAAUAUACAUCCAGAAUGUAUGUUUAGCGCAGAAACAGAUUUAUAUUAUAGUAACUGUAGAUUUAUACAAUUGGCAUGUAUAUAUAAUAAAAAGGAAUUUAUUUUAGAUAAAAUUCCUACAAAAACAUUUAAUGGUAUAUCAUAUUUUCUACCUCCUAAAAUAUUAAUAGAACCUGAUUUUUCAUUUACAUUAACACAUUUAAUAAAAAAAAUAAAAGGAAAUAUAACAAUAAAAAAUGGAGCAACAUUAUGGUUAAAAACAAAUGCUAUGAUAACAAAUCUUUAUCUUGAUGGUACCUUAAUUAUAGAAAAUAAAACAUAUCAAAAUAAAAAUUAUGAUCAUAUAUCCUUACCUAUCAUAUUAGAUCAAAAUGUAUAUAUAAAAAAUAAAGGAUAUAAAAUAGUACCAACAAAUGGUUUCUAUUAUAAUAAACAAAAAAAAUUCUCAGAUCAUAUCGAGCAAAAUAUUUAUGAAAAUAUUCAAAUUAGGGGCUAUAACAUAAUUAAAAAGGAAGCCCUAAUCAUAACAAACUAG